CGUGCGGUGCAGGGUGCAGUAUUGUGUGUGAUGUAGCUGUGUGACGAACGCGAGUACGUUUCACUCCAUUAUCAUUUCGAAAUGAUGAGCAUUUCCGCGGUCCCGAAGUGAUUCAGUGUUAAAAUAUUUCAGCCCGUUUUUACGGCUGAGCCACGAUGGUUGAAUCCAUCGGGAAGUAUAUCGAAAGAAAUCAACGAUAUUAAGGUGGAACUAAAGGAACUAUAAAAUGGCUACAAAAACAGAAGAUACAACAUCUAUUGAUAAUACUAAUGAUGGAGAGAGUAUGGACAAAGAAGUAUUAGCAAUUAGUGGAAAUGAUGAAACUAAUCAUCGUAUUCCACCAACAUAUUUGUAUAAUUCGGGUUCUGAACAAAAUACAGGAAUAUCCAAUCAGGAACAAAAUAAUAGAAAUCGUACUCAAGCUACAGAAGAUCAAUUAGGACCUCUACCACCAAAUUGGGAGAAAGCAUACACAGACACAGGAGAAGUUUAUUUUAUAGAUCACAAUACAGGCACUUCUCACUGGUUAGACCCACGUUUAUCUAAAUUUCAAAAAAGGUCUCUUGAAGAAUGUUUGGAUGAUGAAUUACCUUAUGGUUGGGAAAAAAUAGAUGAUACUCUUUAUGGUACAUAUUUUAUUGAUCAUGUAAAUCGUAGAACUCAAUAUGAAAAUCCUGUAUUGCAAGCCAAAAGGGCACAACAAAGUUUAGGAGAAAGAAAGAGUCCUAACUUCACAAGAAAUCCUGAUAAACUAAAAGGCCAGAAAAUCAGAACAACUUUGAUAAAAAGUUCAAGAGGAUUAGGAUUUACAAUUGUUGGUGGAGAUGACUCAGUUGAGGAAUUUUUACAAAUUAAGAGUGUGGUACCAAAUGGUCCGGCAUGGUUAGAUGGAAAAUUACAAACUGGGGAUGUGUUGGUAUAUGUUAAUGAUACCUGUGUUUUGGGUUUUACGCAUAAUGAAAUGGUUAAUGUUUUCAAAUCAAUUAGCAGUGGUGAAACUGUUGCAUUGGAAGUGUGUCGUGGUUAUCCUUUGCCAUUUGACCCAAAUGACCCAAAUACAGAAGUGGUUACAACUAUUGCUGUUAAUGCACCAGAUAUUUUAACAGAAGAUCCGAGAAUGUAUAUGGAUUUAGACCCUACUCUACAAAGUAAUGGUCGUUUCAAUUUCCUGGAUUCUACAUUCUUACCAGUACAUAGUCUUCAAAAUGGUGAAAACCUUGCCACUACUUCUGUCAACUCAAUGCCAGAUCUUUGUAUUUCGGAUAAGAUUAAUACAAUUAAGAGACCUAGUAGUACAGAUAUUUUAUUGUCUGAAAGCAGUGAUUUGAAUGACUGUAAAGACUCAGCAAUGUCUUCCAAAUCAGAAUUUCUCAGUAUUGCGAUUGUAAAGGGUACCAUGGGAUUUGGAUUUACAAUAGCAGAUUCAGCUCAUGGUCAGAAGGUUAAAAAAAUUUUAGAUCGCCAACGUUGUAAAAAUUUAAUGGAAGGUGAUAUUUUAGUCAAUAUAAAUGAUAUUAACGUGAGAAACAUGUGUCACUCAGAAGUGGUACAAGUGUUGAAAGAUUGUGCUCGCAAUGAAGAAGCAUUGAUACAUGUACAGAGAACAACAUCCAAAUCAAACGAAAAGAAAGAAAAAAAUUCACAGGACUUCUUUAGAAGUAAAACACCGACGGCUGAUAUUUAUAGUACUCAAACAAAGACUGUUGUACCGAGUCGACCAAAAACUCCACUUAUCGAUACCAGGAAUCGCCCAAAGUCCCCACCCGGUGCGAUCAGAUCAAACUGGAAUGAACAAAACGAAAACGAAUUAAAUCCACUCGAUAAUCGAUACAAAUAUUCAGAAUACACGCAUAGCAUGUAUUACAAUGAUCCAUAUAAAGCAAAUAUUACAAAUUUAUCUGACAACUUCGUUACAAUGACAAACUUAGAUGAUGAUUCUGUAAGAAAUAGCGCAAAAAGAGAUUGGGUUACAAACGAUAAAUUAAAUAUAAAUAAUGAUGUAUAUUCUAUCGAUAUACCUCACCAUGAUAACAUGUUGAAACAAAAUGGAUGUUUACAUUCAGACUAUUAUAAAGAUUUGUAUACGUCACAAUCUCAUUCUCAAUAUAGCGAACAAGAUUAUAAUGUAUAUUCUAUUGGUCAGGAACAAAAUGUUGAUACUGGUGAAAUAUGGGAUAAACGGAAAGAGACUACCAGUUUUGAGCACGAACAACCACAUUCCAGUUCGAUACCGCGGUAUCCUCAAUAUAGCAACGAGUUAGUGUGCCCAAUUGUGCCUGAUAUAGAAUGGAUAGAGACACUGGUAACUUUAGUAAGACAAGAUACAGGAUUUGGAUUUAGAAUAGUUGGUGGUACCGAGGAAGGAUCUCAACAGGUUUCAGUUGGACAUAUUGUACCAGGUGGUGCAGCAGAUUUAGAUAACAGAUUAAAUACAGGUGAUCUAAUUAUGUCCGUCGAUGGUGAGAGUGUUAUGAAUUCAUCACAUCAUCACGUCGUUCAAUUAAUGAUAGCUGCCGCUCAAAAUGGUAGAGUCACUCUAGGAAUUCGUCGUCGAAUUAACACCCAAGAUCAUCUUCCAGAAAAUCUUCAAACUCACUAUAAUAGACAAAUGAAUCUCCAAUAUCCUUAUGAUGUGACGGUUACUAGAAUGGAAAAUGAAGGUUUUGGUUUUGUUAUCAUUUCCUCAGUUAAUAAAGCCGGUUCGACGAUAGGUAGAAUAAUCGAAGGUUCACCCGCGGAAAGAUGCGGCCGAUUAAAUGUUGGCGAUCAUAUUCUUGCCGUCAAUCAUGUAGAUAUUACAAAUGUUUGUCAUAAAGACAUUGUGAAUUUAAUUAAAGACUCGGGUUAUUCCGUUACGUUGACAAUUGGUUAUCCUCUUGAUGAUUGUUGUAGUAAUACGUCUUUAUCUCAAAAGGAUGAACCAACAUGUGAUGGAGAUGGAGGUCAAUAUCAUGCUGUGGAAUUGACUCGUGGAACUAGAGGAUUUGGUUUUAGUAUUCGUGGAGGACGCGAAUUUCAAAACAUGCCAUUAUUUGUGUUACAAAUUGCAGAAAAUGGUCCAGCAUCUAUUGAUAAUCGAUUAAGAGUUGGUGAUCAAAUAAUUGAAAUAAAUGGAAUUAAUACUAAAAAUAUGACACAUACAGAAGCUAUUGAAAUUAUACGAAACGGUGGACCAUCCGUUCGACUUUUAGUUCGACGCGGUUGUCAGAUGCCUUCAGUGGUAGGUGCUCUUCCACACCUCUACGAUAUGAAUAUAUGAAAUUAACCAUCCUAAAUAACAAUAUAUUAAUAUAAAAAUAUUAACGAUAUUUACUUUUGCAAGUGAUGAUACUAAUGCUAACGUUGCCCUUUUAUAAUUUUCCUUGAUAAUUUUACUUGAAGCUUCAGAGUUUAACAUUAGGUACCAUAAUAAAAAACAAAAACAUUUAAAGACAAUAUGAAAAAGAAAAGAAUGAUUGCAAGAGGUUGUUUUAUUACAGUGAGAGUUAGAUUAAUACACACACACACUGUUUUAUAGUACUAUGUCAUUUAGUACAGAAAUAUCUGGUGCAAAUGGGAAACAGUGUGUUAUAUUGUAUAUUUUAUGGAGUUGGUUAUACAUAUAUGUAGGUAUGUAGUAAGAUAUAUACUUUUUAUAUACGACACGUUGAACUCAAUUUUUACAACACUCACAUGUGCAGCUUUUAUAUUUGAUAAUAUUAUUUAUAUGUGACUACUAGAGCUUCAAAUUAUAUAUAUUGCAGUUUAGCAAUAUUAAUACGAAUAUUGUGGACAUGGUUGUUGAUAUUCACAAUGAAUAUAGUAGAAUUAAUAUUAAUUACGUAUUAAUUAUAAUGUGUUUUGAUAAUUAAAAUAAGAAGUUUUGCAUACAUUUAAGUUGAAGGAAGGAAUAUGUGAAUGACUUUUCUUGCAGCUAUCAAUAUGACUUGUGAAAAGUCCGAUUUAUAGGGAUGAUACUUACUCAUUCUAACAAAAUUGGACUGGUGCUAACUCUCUAUUUAAAUGAUCUAAUUUCUGAAAGGGAAGAUAUUAAUUCAUCCUAACACGUGUGAUAGCUUGAGAGUAUUGUGCCUUACGCGUGUUCUAUAUUUAAUAACAAAAUUACUAAGUAAAAGCUUAAGCUUCUGAAGCAGUUAUACAUUUUUUUAUUGAACUUUAUUGUAGAGUAAUCUCACAAUCGACCAAAUAAGUAUUCGACCGAUUGAUGAGGGCACCCCACGCAGACAUUUAUUGAAAUUACACGAGAUGGGUGUGCACCCUAAAAAACGUCAGAAAGUUCGAUUUUUCAUUUUACUCAACUGCUGUUCAUCCAAAAAUAGAUAUUUAUAAUAUCAGCUAUUCAACAUAAACGUAAUAUCUUACUCAUAGUAAGUUCAUAUUUUAUAGAAUUAAAUAUCAACUUUCGAAAAGAAACUUACGAGAUUUCUUUACCAUUGAACUACCUUAUAUUGUUCAUAAUGUAAUUGUAUAUUGAAAUUCAUUGUAUAAACAUGAGUUAAUGUAACCAAAUAUGGUAAACUGCGAAUGUUAAUGGAGUAUGAUCUAUUUGUAACAGCAAAUAGCAUUGAUACUCACAAAACAUACUGAAGUUACCUAUUUUAAUAUCUCUGUAGGAAAACGAUUUUGGACUGAUAAAUUUUCAACUGAAAGAUCUCGCAGACUGAAAAGUAUCAUCUAAAUUAAAUAUUUUUAUAUAUUCUGUAAUAAUUGUAUGCACUCAGGAAUGUUUUCACAAAUUCAUGAUAUAAUGUUAAUGUGAUCUUAAUCAUUAAAUAGUAUACUCUUGAGUAUGUGUAUACAGCUAGUGAAGAAUCUCAUUGAAUCUAUUAACUGAUGCUUUAUUCUCUUAAUUUUUUUGAGCAGCAUUUAAAGGAUAUUGUCGAUAUUGUUUUUGUUUUAGUAUAAUAUUUAUUAUAAUUGUACGAAAUAUGUGCGUAUAGCAAUAAUUAAAUUAAGUACUGAUACAACCAAAGAAACGAAUGCACUUAAAAACCAUUUCGAGAUGCGGUGCAGGAAAUCAAUAUAAAAACAUAUGUUAAUGCUUUCAUUAUUUAAACUCCUCGUUUGAAAUACUAUUUUUUCCUUGUUGAUUAUACAGUGAUGUUUGUAAUAAGAAGUUGACAAUGAGAAGAACAUUUUUAAUGAGAUUGGAUGAAUUUUUUUUAUAAAAAUCAUUUCUUCCGAUCUUUUUGCGGUAUUAAAAUGCGUUGAAUGUAUAAAAGAAAAUUAAUAAAUAUAUUUUUUUACUAGUAAGUCGAUUGUAACUAAGAAAAAAAACAUUUAGUAAAAUGCAUUGAACGAAAUAAGUAAAAGAUCGACUUAGAUUAUAUUUUUAAAUUUUCUCAAAUAUAAAAAAGCAUUGUAAAAAGCUUCAAUAUAUGUAUGUGUGAAAUAUUUUCUUUGUUUAUAUUUACUUAAAUAAGCAAUUUUGCCGUAUAUCUUAUCAACGAUAAACAUUGAUAAACGCAUUUAAAGUGAAUCGUAUUUUUCUUAUACUAUAGUUAUUAUGUUUAUUUUUAUAAUUAAAUACAUAAUACGCAUACAUACAUACAUACAUACACACACACAUACACAUAUCUAGAAUUUGUAUAUUAUGUAGGAUAGUGCAAACAAAUUUAGAAUAAUUGUAAAUAUAUACAUAUAAAUACAUAUUAUAGAAAAUUAUGUAACAUUACCAAUUAUUGUAAACUCCUCGUAAAGGAAUAAUUUUUUAAUUAAAAUGUAUUUACUAUCUUUGUAA